AUGUCAGUGUUGAUUAAUGGGUCACCAUCCAAGCCGUUCAAGAUGGAGAGAGGUCUUAGACAAGGAGAUCCUCUCUCUCCCUUUCUGUUCGUUCUUGUCAUUGAUGUCUUACACAGGAUGGUGGGUGAGGCAGUCAGAAAUGGACAUAUUUCUCCACUCUUGGUGGGAAGAGAUAACAUAGAGCUGUCGCAUUUCCAAUUUGCAGAUGACACAAUCUUAUUUUGCCCACAAGAAACUGAGACAAUAGUGAAUUAUAAGAGACCAUUGCUUUGUUUUGAAUUGAUGUCUAGGCUGAGUAUAAACUUUGAUAAGUCAAGCUUGAUUUUGGUUAACUGUGAGCAGAAAUGGGUGAUGAAUAUGUGUGAUUUGUUGGGAUGUGUGGAAGCUAAUCUACCUGUCAGCUUGCCAGUGUACUACUUAAACUUGUAUAAGAUGCCAAAGGCGGAUGCAGAGAAAAUAAUUGGAUUACAAAGAAGGUUCUUGUGGAGUAAAGAAGAUGGGACUAAUGGGAUACUACUUGUGAAAUGGGAAAUGGUGCAAGCUCCAAAAAAGUUAGGAGGCUUAGGGGUAGGGGAUGCUUUAAUCAGAAAUGCAUCGCUUCUAUUCAAGUGGUGGUGGCGCUUUUCGAAAGAAGAUUGCCCGUUGUGGAAGAAGCCUUUACCAUCAAGAGGUGGCCCGUUGAAAGAUAUUUGCCAGCUCAAUAUUAAAGAGGCUCAGGGGCAAGAAAUGAUGAUUAGUGGUUUGGCUAUGGAGGUGGAAAAUGGCAGAAUGUAUCCAACGCCGCCUCCUCGCAUAGAAGACGACGUUCCACCCCCAUCACAUCGAGGGAAGCUGGUUUAA